AUGAACCCAAGCUUGUCCACGCCAAACAUCGCAUCACGAACUGCCGACUUAUCCCUACGACCAUCUCCCCCACAAUCCGGCGACGCUUGUGCUUUACAAGAUCCCCGGACAGCCAGCGAGCCCAGAGCCAGCACUCUGUGCAUCGACGACACGAUCUUGUUUACUCCCCAAAGCCACGUCCGCAUCGCGCUUAUUGUCGUCAAUUCCGCAAAGAUGCCUACCAUCCACACCCUCGACGCGCGCGACGUCGCCAUGCAGCUCUCCAAGCGUGAGAACUGGGCCAGGCAGGAGGCUGGUGUCAUAGUCGUGUUCUGUAUUGUUGGCGUCGUCGCGCUUGGCGUCGCCUGGUUGUGCAUCCACAAGUGGAUGCUCCGCCGUCGUGCGAACAGGCCCGAGAAAUAG